AUGGCUAUAAUCUCUGAAACUUCCGACAACGUCUCUUACAGUGGCGGUCCAAGCAAGAAUCAGAAAGUAGUAAAAGAAGAAGAGUAUCAAGACGAGAAAGCGAAAGAAGACGAUCAAGAAGAAGAAGAAGUAGAGAAUCUUGAUCACGUUACUCCAUACAUCCCUGAAGAACUCUGUGAAAUCACCGUCGCACGCGUCCAAAGAUGCCAUUACCCGAGGCUAUCUCUACUCUCUAAAGCCUUCCGUGACGUAAUCUCAUCGGAGCAACUCUUCGUAACACGCUCGGACCUAGGCGUGACUGAACCGGUUCUUUAUACCUUGAUCUCGUCGCCACCUUUUGACCCUCCAAGCUGGUAUAUACUCCAUCGGAGCAACAUCUCAUUACGUUUAAGCAGAGUCACUUCACUUCCUCCGAUGUUUCCUGGAUGCACUGCCGUCACAAUAGGACACAAGAUUUACGUUAUGGGUGGUUGCACCGGAGUAAACCAACCGAUAAAGACAGUGAUUGUCAUCGACUGUAGAUUUCAUAAGUGGGAAUGUGUCAAGAGUAUGAAAAGGGAACGUUGCUACGCUGCCUCCGGAGUGAUUGAUGGAAAGAUUUACGUAGUGGGAGGUCGCAAGAAACGAUAUAAUGAUUGGGUGGAAGUGUUUGACGUAGAGAAUGGGGUUUGGGAAACUAGGACUUGGAGUAGUGUGCCUGAUCCAUCCGAUUGCAAUUCUAGUAUGCCAGGAGGAGGGUUUGUGACGUCUGUGGUGAUGCAAGAUAGGAUAUACAUUUUGGAUGCUAUGCGUGGUUUGGUUUACGAACCAAGACAAGGUACAUGGCAAUCAUGGGAACUUGGAUCUAAGUUGAUGUACUUUUGGCGCAAGCCGUGUUGUGUGAUUGAGGAUCUCCUGUAUUGCUUUGAUCCACGGUGUGUUCUUAGACAUCCUAUACUGGUAUAUGAUCCAGAUGAAAUGGUUUGGUCUCCUCUCAAGGGUGUAAAUCGUCUGCCUUACCUCAAAUACUUUGAGUGUAAAAUGGCCAAUUUGGGUGGGAAGUUGAUGGUUUUUGGCACUACUCACAGACCGUAUAAUGAUACUUGGUGCAUAGAGAUAGUGUUAGAAAGACGUGAAAGAGGUGAGAUUUGGGGGAAGGUCGUUUCAGUGACGCCUGUGCUUAGAUCCGAGAACUCGCCUUAUAUUGAUCUUUGCAGCUCUGUUACGUUUUGA